UCGUGUCCCUAGAUUUACGUUCUUGACUAAUUUCAGCUUUAAUUAUUGUAAUUGAUAAAAAAUGUCUGUUUGCCCUUUUGCAUUUUAAUAGAACUAUGGGCGAUAUGGAUUUGGGGUUUGCUGAAGAACGCGGCAAGGAAUGGUUGACAAACCGGUAUUUUCCCAGCAAAGUUGGAGGAAAGCCGGCGUGGUUGGAACUGGAGCAACUUCCGACUAAUAGAGAGCUUUUGUGUGUUACGUGCCAGGAGCCCAAAACGUUUUUAUGCCAGAUUUAUGCACCAUUUGAAGACGAACACAAUUUUCAUAGAACCAUUUAUAUUUUUGUAUGCCGGUCGACAUUUUGCCAGGACUGCAACUCGGCAAAAAAUUUAACUAUUUAUCGAAGUCAACUUCCUAGGAAAAACAAAUUUUACUCUGAAAAGCCACCUAUGGAGGAGGGAGAUCCUUUGCCAGAAAUAAAUCCCUCUAAAAAAUUGUGUAUAGCGUGUGGCUGUUUGGGACCUUUAUCUUGCGGCCGUUGUCGCAUGGUGAAUUACUGCUCUGCAAAACACCAACGUGCUCACUGGCCCCAUCACAAAAAAGUUUGCAUGGCUGAGAAUCAAGGCGAAAAUAAAAAUACCGAUAUAUUCCUACCCUGUGUUACCUUUCCAGAAUGGGAAAUCGCCGUCGAAGUCAAUGACCCAAGCGAAGAAACGGAAAGCGAUAUAGAUAAUGAGAGCUUGGAAAAGAAAAGUUUAGAAGAAUAUCAGAAUUUAGUUGCGGCUGGAAAAACUGGCACAUUAAAAGAUGUGGCAGACUUUGAAUUGGACAAGUAUGCAAGUGAAUCUGACACUGUCGAUGAUAAAAUUUUCCGGAAAUUCAAAAAAGUCGUUAAUAAAGAUCCCGACCAAAUUUUGCGAUAUAAACGUGGAGGUAAACCGCUAUGGAUAGCUGAUGUGGAACAAUCAAUCGCAGAACAACUUCAAAUUCCAAAUUGUGAGAUAUGCGGCAGUGAGCGCCAAUUUGAGUUUCAAAUAAUGCCACAAAUGCUUAAUUUGUUGAAGGAUGACCACCUUGACUGGGGUACAUUGGCUGUGUAUACUUGUUCAAAAAGUUGCCCCCUACCAAUUGGAAAAGGUUAUGCUUUUGAAUAUAUAGUUAAACAGGACCUUUUUUUAAAUGAAAAUAAAAAGUAAAGUUUUCAAUGUAUGCGUACAUCACUUGUA